UAACACAGAAACAGGCAAAAGCAGAGACAUAGGCAACGUUGCUCAAAUAUGGAGAAAGCAAUUCAAAGACAGAGAGUCCUGCUUGAACAUCUACAACCCAAUUCUUCAAAUUCAUUUUUUUCACCUCAAACCCAUCAAUCUUUUAAUCUUUCUGCAUCAUCCUGUGCGGCUGGGAAUUCUUGGCAUGGGAAAACAGGUGGAUCUGACGAUGACGUGGUGAUUGUAGCUGCAUAUCGUACUGCCAUUUGCAAAGCAAAGCGUGGGGGCUUCAAAGAUACCCUUCCUGAUGACCUACUAGCUUCAGUUCUUAAAGCUGUAAUACUGAAAACAAAAGUAGACCCAAGUGAAGUAGGAGACAUAGUUGUUGGCACAGUACUGGCACCAGGAUCAGAAAGAGCUAUUGAGUGCAGAAUGGCUGCCUUCUAUGCAGGUUUCCCAGAGACAGUGCCUCUUCGAACUGUCAAUAGGCAAUGUUCAUCUGGACUUCAGGCAGUUGCUGAUGUUGCUGCUUACAUAAAAGCUGGGUUCUAUGACAUUGGCAUUGGAGCUGGACUGGAGUUUAUGACACAAGAUAAUAUUUCAAGGCUUAGCAAAAUUAACCCAAAGGUGGAAACCUUUGCACAAGCCCGGGAUUGUCUUCUUCCUAUGGGAAUCACUUCUGAGAAUGUUGCACAGCGUUAUGGUGUGACACGGCAGGAGCAAGACCAGGCUGCUGUCGAGUCUCACAAGCGUGCUGCAGCUGCAACAGCAGCUGGUAAGUUCAAAGAAGAAAUCAUUCCAGUUUCAACGAAGAUUGUGGACCCUAAAACCGGAGAGGAGAAGCAAAUUAUCGUUUCUGUUGAUGAUGGUAUUCGGCCAAACACAAAUUUGAUGGAUCUGGCAAAGCUGAAGCCUGCAUUCCACAAGGAUGGAUCCACAACAGCUGGGAAUGCUAGCCAAGUUAGUGAUGGUGCUGCAGCAGUGCUCCUCAUGAAGAGAAGAGAGGCUGUGCAAAGGGGGCUUCCUAUUCUUGGAAUCUUCAGGAGUUUUGCUGCUGUUGGAGUGGAUCCUGCUGUCAUGGGUGUUGGCCCAGCUUAUGCUAUUCCAGCUGCAGUGAAAUCUGCUGGCCUUGAACUUGGGAACAUUGACUUGUUUGAAAUCAAUGAGGCAUUUGCAUCGCAGUUUGUUUAUUCGUGCAAGAAAUUGGCACUUGAUCCCAGAAAGGUCAAUGUCAAUGGCGGUGCCAUUGCUCUUGGGCAUCCUUUGGGUGCUACAGGUGCACGCUGUGUUUCAACUUUAUUGAAUGAGAUGAAGCGUCGAGGCAAGGAUUGUCGCUAUGGUGUAAUCUCAAUGUGCAUAGGGUCAGGUAUGGGAGCUGCUGCUGUAUUUGAAAGAGGAGAUUGUUGAAGAUUUAUUUAAGUUUAGAACAGUGAGAAAAAAGUAACAAUAUUUUGUCAAAGGAUACUUAAUGUAUCAUUUGAAUUGCUAUUUUGAAUUUUGUUGUGAUUGGAAGGUCGCAGAUA